UAAAAAGUUUUAAACAACAAUCGACAUAUGAUAAUAUAUAAUAUAUUUCUAAGAAAAAAAUACAACUAAUAAGAUUAACAUAGUUAGACCAGAGCUUCCAAAAGUUAAAAGCAGAAAUUAGUAGUAAGAUGAAAGCACAUCUAAAUAUAAGGACUUACGAUUAAAACAUAUGCAAUAGUACAUGCCUAAGCUUUCAUAAAAGCAAGGCAGAAAAGCUUAUACGUCUUGAACUCCAUAGCAAAUAUAAACUGAAAAUUAAGCGCUACAGCAAUUGUUUAAAGCUAUUUGUAGACACUUUUGCAAAGCACACAAAAGCUCUUGAUACCGUGAAAGCUUCCAACAAAGCACGAAAGCUCGGAAGCAUUGCUAAACUUCAAUUCUGUAAACUAUAUACUAAUAAAUCUACAGCUUCGGCUUAAGCUUUAAUUUGUAUAACUACAUACCGUGACUUGGGCCUCGAGCUGGAGCUUAAGUAUAAGAAGCAUAAGAUGUCCGCAUCGCCUGCCACUACCAGUGUCAUCACUUCGAACGAACUUGCCAUACAACAACAGCUUCAGCACCAGCAGCAUCAGCACCAACAACAACAACAACUUCAAACGCAUAGCUCUCCGACGCGCGUCUCACUACCACCCGGUGUUACUGUGACCAACGUUGUAACUACAACGUCUGCAGCCGCUGCCGCCAACGCCAACGGUUUAACACUAAUGCAUCGCUCGCCAGACAGUCCACAGCCCGAGUUGGCCACCAUGACAAAUGUCAAUGUGCUGGAUCUACAUACAGACUCGUCGAAACUCUACGACAAGGAUGCGGUCUUUAUUUACGAAAGCCCCAAGGUGGUCUUGCCGACAGUGGGCACCGGUGCGACAGUCACCAGUGAUGAGCAUGUGAUUGAUGCACGCAUGGUCGCGCAAUUGAACGAACAGCAAGCAGCUGUUGCAGCGGCUGCUGCUGCUGCAGCCGCAGCCAAUGAUAAUCAGCCGUUGGCUAAGAUUGAAUUCGAUGAAAAUCAGAUAAUUCGCGUUGUCGGCCCGAAUGGCGAGCAACAACAAAUAAUUUCACGUGAAAUAGUCAACGGCGAACAUCACAUACUGUCACGUAAUGAAGCUGGCGAACACAUACUCACACGCAUCGUAAGCGAUCCGACCAAGUUGAUGCCCAGCGAUAAUGCGGUCGCCGCCGCAAUGUUCAAUCAGGCACAGAAAAUGGCCAACGAUCAUGGUGUAUAUCAGACAUCGCCAUUGGAUGCCUCAAUGUUACAGCAUUACGAGCCAGAGAAUGUCGUUAAGGCAGAGGUGGAUAUAUAUGAUGAUCCGAAGAAACCGCCGGGCAGCGGUGGUGGUGGUCAGCAAAUACUCUAUACAACAACUGGUCCGGAUACUGGGAAGCAACUGUCACAUUUGCCUGUUGCCACUAAGUUGGAGUCGGAAAUGUAUCCGACAGACAAACAUAUCGAUUUAAUCUACAAUGAUGGCAAUAAAACAGUUAUAUACACCACCACAACCGAUCAGAAGGGUUUGGAAAUCUAUUCGGGUAGUGACUUGAGUGGCCUGGUUGCAGAUGGGCAGGUGGUGGUGCAAGGUGGAUUGCAGUAUGCCGGCACUGGGACAGCUGGUGGACAACCGGUCUAUAUAGUGUCCGAUGGUAGCUUGCCACCGGGCGUCGAAGGACAUUUGCAAAGCACACCAACGGCCGGCAACAACAAAUUGAAUGGGCAAACCACACCUCUGGACGUGUCCGGCCUAUCGCAAAAUGAAUUCCAAGGACUGCUGCUUGGUUCACACCCAUCGGCGGCCGGUGGCAACGGCAACGCAUCCGCAACGCCAACAACCAUCUCACAGCACUCGGCCAUUGUGGCAGCGGCCACUGCCGCAGCAGCAGCAGCUGGUGGCGCCACAGCUGUAGUGGUCACCGCCGAGCAGCAGCGGCAACAACAACAGGCGCAACAGACGAUCAGCAUCAAACGCGAGCCGGAAGAUCUGCGCAAGGAGCCGAAAAGCGGCGUCAGCAGCACCAUCGUCGAUGCGACGAACAGCAUUACCAAUGGUGGCGUGAUAAGCGGCACCGCACAUCACCAGCAACACGGCGGAACGAAGGUUUUAGUUCUGCAGUCACCGACAUCWCCAACACAAACGACCAUACAAAUUAAAGAUCCGCCUAUUAGUCCUGGAAGUCCAACAACUGACACAAUGUACGCUGCCAGUGGCGGCACACAAAUCUACUUGCAGGGCGCUCAUCAGUCCAAUGCACCCGGUUCCGCUGGCGUUCCGAAUAAUGUGAAUGUCAACGCACAGACGCCCAGCCCCGGCCCUUACAUCACACCCGACGGUUAUGGCAUGUACACCACCACACGCCUCACCUCGGGCGGACCGACAUCGACCUUCAUUACAGAGCCUUAUUACCGCGAAUUCUAUACCACAGCCACCACGGCCGACACGCAGACUGGUUAUGGACUGUCUCUUAUACACAUCUAUUACUACAUUCACUCUUUCGACUACACAGAGCUUUCUGGCACAUUAUUGGACAGCAAUGGCGGCAUUCCAGUCUCAGUGAAUAGCAUACAACGCGGAGCCGUGAGCGUUCAUGGACAAAAUAGCCCGACCACAUCGUUGGGUGGCUCAACGCCGAAUGGCGCUACACGCUCGAGGCCAUGGCAUGAUUUUGGACGACAAAAUGAUGCGGAUAAAAUACAAAUACCAAAAAUCUUCUGCAAUGUCGGCUUCCGCUACCAUCUGGAGAGUCCAAUCAGUUCAUCACAGCGACGCGAAGACGAUCGCAUCACAUAUAUCAACAAAGGACAAUUCUACGGCAUCACAUUGGAGUAUGUGCCCGAUCCAGAUAAGCCCAUCAAGAACACAACUGUCAAGAGCGUUAUUAUGCUGAUAUUCCGUGAAGAGAAGAGCCCCGAUGAUGAAAUCAAAGCUUGGCAAUUCUGGCAUAGUCGGCAGCAUUCGGUUAAACAGCGCAUUUUAGAUGCAGAUACGAAAAAUUCCGUCGGCCUAGUUGGUUGCAUCGAGGAGGUCUCCCACAACGCCAUUGCUGUCUAUUGGAAUCCGCUGGAGAGCUCAGCCAAGAUCAACAUCGCCGUCCAGUGCCUGAGUACGGACUUCAGCAGCCAAAAGGGAGUUAAGGGUCUACCGUUGCACAUUCAAAUCGACACAUUCGAGGAUCCGCGCGAUGCACAGGUCUUCCAUCGAGGCUACUGCCAAAUUAAGGUMUUCUGCGAUAAGGUAAGUGCCAGCACACAACUAUUAUU